CCACCAUCACCGCUCAGUAACACCAUGCAACAUCCACCAUCACUGCUCAGUAACACCACCCAUCUGUACCGAACACACAAACACAUUACUAAUGCAGUGUACACGUUAGCCACUCGCCAGCCGACCAAGAUGACUCCUAACUGCGCAAGUCCUCCAAUAACCAACCAUCGGUCGCCUGUAUCCCUGUGACCAAUCACCUACGACCAAAAACAUAAGUUCACCUGCUUCGUACUGUUGCAUGUUAGUGAAUGUGUUGGUCAUUUAUACAGACAUCCCAGCGGGGAGACGCACUUCUUUCAACUCAUCGUGAAGAAAGCAGAGAUCUUCAAAGUCCUACUCCAACUUGGGCCUUCCUCGGCUCUGUUGCAAAAGUACGGAGGAAGAGAAAAUAUGAUGAUGUGGUGGAUGAAAAAGGUGGUAGUCUUGGUGAUCAUGAUGGCAGAUGUUGUAGCGUCUCAAUCUCCACAGCACAGCUGGCAACAAGACGCCGGUGGUGGUGUGGGCGCCGUGCUGGAGGCCGUGUCUCAGCCCACCUGCUCCCUCAUCCUCCUCACCACCUCACCCUCCACCAUCUUCAAGGAGGAGAGUGUAGUACGAGGGAGCCCCUGGGGUGUGGGGGUGUUCGAGGUGGUGGUGGACGGCCAGGACGCUAACGAGACCCUGGUGCUGCUCUCCCACCUGCUCCACCAGGCUCGACAGUCACAGGUGAGGAUGGGGUCUCGGUGUGUGCGGGUGGUGGUGGUGAGUCACGACCCGGUCUUCCUUGACACCUUCGCCGAGUGGUCCCUCAAGGGCCGCCUCCUGGUGUGGGCCACCAAGCUGCUGGUGGUCACCAGCCUCCCACUCCCACAGCUCCACGCCCUCCUGUCCUCCCACUGGACCUUCUCCAUGAUGAACACCAUCUUGCUUAACCUGGAUGACACACCACCCAACCUCAGGUACAGUGUGUACACUCACCUGCCUUACAGUCCAGAUGGCGCCCAGGUGUUGCGGGUAGCUGUGUGGACACCAAGACACGGCCUCCGCCUCCUCACAGCCCUGCCACUCUUCCCUGAGAAGUUCUCCAAUUUCCAUGGUGCUGAGGUGAACGUGACGGGAAAGCCUUGGCCACCAUACUGGGUGGAGGAGCAGCAGGAGGCGGCUGACGGGAGCCUCGUCACCAUCUACACAGGCUGUGACUACCUCUCCCUCGAGACUAUCUCCCACACCCUCAACUUCACUAUUAAUAUCAUUCCUACUGCUUCCUGGGGAGAGGCAGUCAAGAAAGUGGAGGAGCGGGUGGCAUUCAUCACAGCGGUGUUCCAUGUACCCCUGCCAGAGCGCAAGAAGAAACACGACUUUACCAGAAUCUAUGAGUAUAACCAAAUGUCUUUUACUUUGGCCAAGCCCGGCCUGAAACCCAGCCUUGAUAGCCUCUUCUACCCACUAACCGGUGAGGUUUGGGCCUGGGUGCUGGUGGUCCUCCUUUUCAUGCCCGCCAUCUACUAUAUGGUCAGCAGAGGAAGAGAGAAGCAGUGUGGACGGCUACGGGUGGCAGCUGAGGUGUUGGAGGUGAUGGGGAUCCUGGUAGGCCAGAACCUGCCACAGCAGCUCCCACCUAUCACCUCCGGCCGCCUCCUGGUGGUGGCGUGGCUGGUGUUCGCCCUCAUCAUCGGGACGGUUUACCGUGGCAACCUAACAGCCGCCCUCACGCUGCCCAAGUACCCGCCCCGGCCAGAGACUGUGGAACAGCUGGUGGACACCGUUCAUAAGGUGACAAUGCCGCCAUUUGGGGAACUGUGGCGUCAAUUCUUCGCGGGUUCAGACUCAGAGGUGUACAAGAAAUUGGCCAGGAUGAUGAUGAUAGGACCAUCCACCAGGGAGGGACUACAGAUGGCCAUUGAACAGAAUACAGCAAACAUGGCAGCUCGACGGUACCUGUCAAAUAUGAUCGUGGAACACUUCACCGAGGCAGAUGGCACCACCCGCCUCUACCUGGCCAGGGAGACUCUCUUUCCAGGACAAUCUGCUUGGCCCAUCCCUCAUGACGCCCCCUACCAAUCCCAGCUCGACCGCUGCCUCAUAGCCAUUAUUGAAGCUGGCCUGUAUGAAAAGUGGAGUGAUGACACUGUAAGUCAAACCCGCCGGAGAAGCCAGCGGCGUCAGCGCGAGUACUUGGCACAGCAGCUGCAGCAGGGACAGCAGGUGGUAGACGAGACCGCAGAGUCUGACAAGAGCAUUAUAGCCCUUACCGUCACACACAUGCAGGGACCCCUCGUGUUUAUCCUUCUGGGACUUUUCCUUGCUGGGGUUGUUUUCGCUGUCGAGGUAUCUAUGACGUAUAACAAGUAGUUCUCCGGGACUCUGACCUACAAACUUUUUUGGGACAAUCAAGCCACAGAUCCUUCCUAAAACUCCCAAUUCCACGGAUUUCCUCACAAUUGUGUAAAUUCUUUUUACUCGCCAACAAACUAACCGAGAUUCCCAUACAGCAUUUUUCCUACAUUUAUAAAAGUUUUAAUAUAUAAGUGGUUGUAACCAGAUGGAAUAAACACCCAAGCAAGCCUUCAUCACACACGUAGAGUGAAAGCUAAUAAUGCCAAGAAGAAGCUUUUUUGUUAUACCAGUGUGAGGGACCUGUGUUCGUAGAACUGUCACAAUCACUGACACCAUACUGUAUUACCUCUCGGUGUUAGUAGUACUGUACGUGUAUUUCCAGUACUUGUACGUAUGGUGUACAUAAUUGUGUCUUAAUAUUAAAUAAUGGCAGUGAAACAAGUCGCUGUUUGACUGGCAACACGUAAUUAUUACCACUAUUUUCUUAUUAUUCAUUGUUGUCAUGCUUUCGUUCACUAAAAAUUAUGUUUAUAACAUUAAUACUUCUGUAAUUAAUAAACGUCUGC